GCUCGCUUGGUCCCCUCCCUCGAUCGCGCCGCCGCCAACCCGAGAAACCGAGAGACAAAGGGGACGUAAGACUCAAUCUAAAUACUCUCUUUGGCGAGAUCGAUCGUCCCCCGGCCCGAGAGCUCCAUCGAAAUCAGGAAUGGAACAUGCCAUGGAGGUAGUAUCUAAGUCGACGGAGACGCCAACCUUCUCCGGCAAAGACGUCGACAUCGAGGCACACGCCGCCGCCCAGCAGGAGCCGGCAUGGAGACGGUUUCUGCGCCACGUUGGACCAGGCUUCAUGGUCUCCUUGGCCUACCUUGAUCCCGGAAACUUGGAAACGGAUCUGCAAGCCGGUGCCAACCACAGAUAUGAGCUCCUUUGGGUGAUUCUAAUCGGCCUCGUCUUCGCACUAAUUAUACAGUCACUUUCUGCUAAUCUCGGAGUUGUGACAGGGAGACAUCUUGCCGAGCUCUGCAAGUCAGAGUACCCAGCAUGGGUGAAAUUCUGCCUAUGGUUGCUCGCAGAGGUGGCUGUCAUUGCUGCAGAUAUCCCAGAAGUUAUAGGAACAGCGUUCGCUUUUAACCUCCUGUUCCACAUCCCAGUGUGGAUCGGAGUUCUGAUUGCUGGCUCCAGCACGCUGCUUCUUCUUGGCCUGCAAAAAUACGGGAUUCGGAAGCUGGAGUUCUUGGUGGCGCUGCUGGUGUUCGUCAUGGCGGCGUGCUUCUUCGUCGAGAUGAGCAUCGUGAAGCCUCCGGCGAAGGAGGUGAUCAAGGGGCUGUUUAUCCCCAAGCUCAACGGGUCCAGCGCCACCGGCGACGCCAUUGCGCUCCUCGGAGCUCUCGUAAUGCCGCACAACCUGUUCUUGCACUCUGCCCUGGUGCUGUCAAGGGACACACCGGCGACAGUAAGAGGGAUGAACGAUGCUUGCAGGUUCUUCCUCUUUGAGAGCGGCAUCGCGCUGUUCGUGGCGCUGCUCGUCAACAUCGCCAUCAUCUCUGUCUCCGGGACCGUCUGCAACGCCGGCAACCUCUCACCGGAGAACGCCGCCAAGUGUGCGGACCUCACGUUGGACUCGUCUUCCUUUCUGCUCAAGAACGUGCUGGGCAGGUCGAGUGCCAUCGUGUACGGCGUUGCGCUCUUGGCAUCUGGGCAGAGCUCCACCAUCACAGGCACCUACGCUGGCCAAUAUAUCAUGCAGGGGUUCCUGGACAUCAAGAUGAAGAAAUGGACGCGGAACCUGAUGACCCGAAGCAUCGCCAUUGUGCCCAGCUUAGUUGUCUCCAUUAUCGGAGGCUCCAGCGGCGCCGGUCGUCUAAUCAUCAUCGCAUCGAUGAUCCUCUCCUUUGAGCUGCCGUUUGCUCUCAUCCCUCUUCUCAAGUUCAGCAGCAGCAGAAACAAGAUGGGCCAAAACAACAACUCCGUCUACAUCAUUGGAUUCUCAUGGGCGUUGGGGUUCGUCAUCAUCGGGAUCAAUGUCUACUUCCUUAGCUCGAAACUGAUUGGCUGGAUCCUCCACAAUUCGUUGCCGACCUACGCCAACAUCCUCGUCGGCAUCACCUUGUUCCCAGCGAUGCUGCUCUACAUCGUUGCCGUGAUCUACCUUACCUUCAGAAAGGAUACCGUCAAGUUCGUCUCCCGCCGGGAGCUGCAGGACGUCGACAACACCGAGAAAGCAAGAGUCGCCAACGCAGGCGGCAGCGAGGAUAGCAACGUUGUACAGUCGAACUGAUAUGGCUUGUUUUCUGACUUCUAUUCUAUUGAUUAGUUAGAUACAUUUGAUUUAGGCAUAUUUUUUAUAGUGAGAAAAUAAUUUUAUUGCGUUCAUAAUAAAACA